AUAUAUGGAUAGCGACUGAACCAUUUUUAGAAAACAAUGGACUUUGAUCUGCGAUGGGAAGUCUUGAACUUCUUCUAAGCUCUACCACCAAAAGGAAAUUGUGGAUUAGAAUCGAGAAGGAUUAAAGAACGGGGGAAAGAAUAUAAGGAUGAGAAUGAAUGGCAACUUCAGAACUUUGAACUAUGAUUUCGGACUUUAAAAUAUGAUUGGGAACUCGGAAUUGUCAUGUAUAGUCUUACUGGAAGAAGAAGAAGCGACACCUUGCUUUGAUCCUUUACUGGGAAAUUAUCAAAGUACAUGGAAAUAUUCAAAGCACAAAAACAUUUUAGAAUGAUUAGAAUGGUAACAGCAGUUAUGAUAAAAGCUAAUAGAGAGCAUUUCCAGAUAGUAUUCUCAAACCAGUGUUUGUGUCGAACAGACAGGCAGCGAGUUAAAGGUUUAACAAUCUAACAGCCACUGGCAAACUAAUCUACAGCAGUUACCAAAUUGAAAAGAGUGGGAGGACCCGGAGAACCCGGAGAAAACGGAGAAAACACACAGACACGCGGGGAGAACAUGCAAACUCCAUGCAGAAAGACCCUUGUUCCAACUGGGGCUCGAACCUGGGUCUUGAACCUGGGUCUCUCUCAACUCUCAAAAGAUCACAAAGACAUGAAGUUAACCUACUAGAGGCACCAUGGCAUCACUUUGCAGCCCUUUCUGGGUUUUCAGUUGUCGCCACCAUUCAAACGCAGCACUCUGGUCUUGGAUCUCUCUGCGUCAGCUUGGCCGUAGCGUUUCCAAAAACCUUAGUUCUACAUACAGUACAGAAGCAUGGAUGCCAGUGGAGGUUCCCUCCCAGACUACAUCAACCCCACCACGUUUCCUGCCAAACUGUGGCGUCUGGUGAACAACCCCACCAAAACAUCCAUCUGCUGGGACCUCCUCGGCGAGUCCAUUGUCGUUCAUCAGGAGCUCUUUGAGUUGCAGGUCCUGUCUGGCCCCAGCAGUUGCACGUCGAGCAAUUCUGACAACUUUAAAACAAACAAGUUCUGCAGCUUUGUUCGUCAGCUCAACCUGUACGGCUUCAAGAAAACCACUCAGCUCGUCAAAGUCAACUCGUCGCCCAUUGGCGGUACGUUUCAUCGCUAUUUCCACAAAAACUUCAAGCGAAACCACCCCGAGCUCGUUGGAGCUCUGAGGAGACUCACUGCAGACAACAGGACCAAGCUGAGUGCCGGUCAGGAGGUGAGCAGCAGGUCCUGGGCUCGACCCAGCGGAGGUGGCGGCAGCGACGGAGAUGUGAAGAAAGAAAUUAUAGUUCUGAGCCCCACAAAUCAAAUGUUAACUCAUCCUCACAAAGCUCAGGCUUGGACAGCGCCCAAUGUCCCAACUCCAGCCCCACCGCUAUACCCGAUGGGGGGCCAUGCUGAUGGUGCAGCUCCACCAGCUUUACCGAUAUCUUCAACCCACCCCUCUACUGGAGUGGCCUCAUGCUCGAACACUGUGUACAUCCAGCAGGCUUUACCCCCCUGCACUAACCACGGAGGUGCUACUUUUAUCAGUUAUAAUCCUUGUUCUACACAGUUUCAGCCUGGCUUCUAUUCUCCGUUUUUUCAAUAUUACCAUCCGAAUCUUGUGGCAUCACAUGUGGCAGGGAAUGGGCUUCAGGUCACGCCGUUCUCUCCCCAAGUUUACUAUCAGAUUGCUGAUGAAUUGACACCAAUUCAAUCCAGUAACUGCCCUGUUAAAGUGGAGCUCCCAGAGCAGCAGGCACGCUCCGUGAUAGAGCGCAGUAACCAGGGAAGCAACAUGAAAGCUAACACUUCAUAUGCUGUACUCGAGGUUAUCACUGAUGGUGAAAAUAACACUGAGGGCAUGAAGGCCGAAGAUGAAGACCCUCACCGUGACCCCAGCACCAACACGCCAACCAUUAAGAUCUCAACAUGCUGAUUGAACUUUUAACCCUUGGUCAGUGUCUGAUGUGACAGACGGACGCAGCAUUCAAAUAAUGUGACGUCAUUUCUGUUCAUGAAGACCAAACAGAGGCAGAAUAAUAUCAACAACAAAAAUCGCCGACGGUGUCAGUCACCAAAGACUUCACACAGCAGCGUGUUGCCAUGCGGCAAGUAGUGUUUACUAUUCUUUAGCACUGUUGCCUCACAGCAGGAAGGUGCUGGGUUCAAUUCCCGGUCUGGCUUCGGGUUAGGUUGGUCCCUUGUGGCGGCGUGCUCAGUUGCAGCAGCUCUGAUCAACCCUCCAUCUGAACUCGGAACUUCGUUGUGCAAAUUCAGUUGUAUAAUGACAAUAAAUAUCCUUUCCUUUUGAAGAACAUUUUUUCACCUUUAAGCAAUUGUUUUGCUUUUGUGCAGUAAAUCUUUUUCUAUUUCUCACUUGAGAGCUCUAAAUAUUGUAAUUAAAACUAAAAUAAAGUUUUGAAA